AUGGCGGUGGACACGCUGAAGGCGGAGUCUUCAGCCGACUCACAACGUCCAGAUCCUCAUAAAUUUACCAAGCUAUCCGAAAUCCUCUCGUGUCUAUCUUCGCUGCAGUCAGAGGAGGCCGAACUCUCCUCUUCGCUCGCAGAGCUACUUGCAUCUCAGGAGCCGGUCAUAAAUUCCCUCGCACGCCUCCAGUCACUCGGUCCAACAUUGAAUGAGCUGCAUGCAGAAGCCUCUGUAUUCGACCAGACUGUUUCGCGCACAGCAAAGACCGCCGAUGAGGUCGGUGGUUUCGUGCGGACCUUGGACGAGGAGAUGCGGAGGGUACGAGAAGCUGCUGAGCGCGUCGGGCAGGUUAUGGAGCUGAAGAAUUCCCUGGGCGCACUCCGGUCAGCGAUGGAAGCGAAGGACUGGGAGUCUGCGACCCGACAUUGCUCGCGCGCGAUGUCUCUCCCCACCGAGGUCAUCUCGGGCAUGUUUGCAGAGACAGCCGUCCCCACGCCAGAAAGCCAUCUGCCUCCGGCGCAGACAUUGCACGCCGCGCGCGAGGAGCUGCUGGCGAUCUUCCGCCGCGAAUUCGACAAGGCGAGCGAGUCGCGCGACGCGGCUGCGACGAGCCGGUUCUUCAAGCUCUUCCCUGCGAUUGGGUGGGAGUUGGAGGGGCUGCUGGCAUAUGCUGCCUUUGUCGUCGAUUUAGUACGCGUUCGGGCGCCUGCGUCGGCGAAGACAUCGUCCCCGUUAUUUUACAUCACUGCGCUGACGGCAUUGUUUGAGAGCAUCGCCAUGAUCGUGGACCAACACCAGCCGAUUGUCGAAAAGUACUACGGUCCAGGUAAGAUGACGCCAGUCAUCGAACGUCUCCUACAGGAGUCGGACCGUGUGGUCAAGGACAUGAUUGAGGGUUGGGUGGAGGAGCGCUCGAUGCAACGGAAGCUCUCAGAUACAAACAGCUCGUCGUCACGAAAGCAGCAGUUGCAGUACGAUAUUGAUGAGGAGGUCGACCCGCGGGAGAUCGACAAGGUCCUCAGUGAGGCAGCGGGGAUGAGCGGGCGCUGGAGCCUUUUCCGGAAAUUCAUGUAUGAUCGCCUCAAGGAUGACUAUUCCGAUGCAGAAGAUGAUGGUGAGGAGACUCCUACGGAGAGACCAUCCUCCGAGGGCGAAGAGAAACCGCUCCCAGAAGGCCUCCGUGCCAUCGAGUCGUCCGCCUCGAAGCAGUACUUUGAAGACAUGCUCACGACGUACUACAUCCCCCUCGAAUCGUGGUACGCCCGCAGCGCCCUCGACAAGGCGCAUCGCCUCUCCUCCGCGGACCUCCUCGCCUCGCCAGCCGUGACGACUACGCCGGAUGACGUGUUCUACAUCCUCAAGGCGAUUCUGCACAGGCUGCUCUCGUGCGGUUCGCUGGCUGCCGUGCAGCGCACGUCCGAGCUUUUGAGGGACAUUGUGGAUAAGGAGUAUACGGGAGUGAUCAAGCGGAAGCUGGACGACGUGUAUAGGACAGCGGGGCCUGCUGGGACAAGAGGGGAGAAGGCUGAAAGGGAGAACAGGCUGGCUUUCAUCGUAUUGCUGAACGACCUGGACGUCUCUUCAGGGCACAUGGAGCGCUUGGUCAAAGAGCUAUCUGGCUACUCAGUCAUCACGCAGUUCUACCUGGAUAGUGAGGCCGAGGGAGUCAAAGCCAGCGUAAACUCAUUCAACGGCCUCGUCGCAAAAUUCCGAUCCGCGCUCAGGGCCGGCAUCGAGCAACUCUUCAAUCAACUCAUGCGCCCGCGACUUCGCACAUUCAUUUCGGACGUGUACAAGGACGUCUCGUACGUGCUCGACGAGGACGCAUAUGCGCAGGCGGGCUACAGCGACAUCGUGCGGAAGCGUUUCGUGAAGUCGUGGGAGACGCUGGUGGACGGAUACAAGGACACCUUCACCGACAACAACUAUCGCCUGCUGUUCGGCCUGGCCCUCGACGUGCUCGUUCGGCCGUGGGAGCGUUUCGUUUGUACGCUCAGAUACAGCGAGCUCGGCGCGAUUCGAUUCGAUCAAGACCUCCGCGCGAUCACGUCGUAUCUCUCCUCACAAACCGCCUUCGGCGACGUCCGCGAGAAGUUCGUGCGCCUCCAGCAGAUCUCGCAAUUGCUCAACCUCGACUCGGAGGAAGAUGCGGAUGAAUUCUAUAACGGCUCCGGGAUUGCGUGGCAGCUGGGCGAACAGGAGGCCCGCAAUAUCGUCGCACUCAGAGUUUGA